AUGGCGGCUCCUGCUGUUUCUCUGGUCGCCCACUCGUCCACGCAAGCAGCUUUGGUGUCUCGCGUCGUCGCGUGCCAAUCAAGAGCCACAGGCAGCCAUCAACACUUUCCUUCUCCUCCCCGCGCAUCUCCUUUCACACGCGCGACGGUUUUACCAGCUCGCACGCACACGUGCUCCCUGCGAUCGCGACAACUUACUACAGGCUGGCCGUACGGACGCCGAGUAGUAGCAGCGGCGAAUGCAGGCACGACUAUUGUCGCGUCUGCUUCUGUCGGGGACGUGAACGAGGCGAUUAAAGACGCGGCUAAGGAGGGCGACGUGGCUGCGGUAAAGCAGCUAUUGGCAGGCGGAGGUGUCGACAUUAAUUUACCUAGCCCUGAACGAUCUGGCUGGACAGCGGUGCACCUGGCAGCGUUCUACGAGCAUCCAGAGGUCGUCCAGGUGCUUCUCGCUGCCGGAGCUGACACUGACGCUCGGAACAGCACCGGGAAUACUCCGCUGCAGUUCGCGUGCAUAGAGGGCAACCUGGACGUUGCUCGCAUUCUAUUGGACGCCGGUGCUGACCUGUACGCCACCAGCGAUGACAAGGGGAACGCUCUCGAGUACGCUCAAGAGUGGGGAACCGAAGAAAUGGUUGACUUCCUCCUUGUUCGUGCGGCCACAGAAAGGAAUAAAUAA